CACACACACACACACACACACACACACACACACACACACACACACACACAUAAAUUACUUUCACGAUUUUCUUCGUUUAAUUAAUGUAAACUUGAAAUUCUUUCUAUUUCUGAAUGCUUAACGCGUACAAAAAAUUUAGAAAAGUUUUAAUAGAAGGGAGCUACAAUAUUAGAAGAAACUACAAACUACUAUCCGUCAGUUUCAUGGAUACAGUCGACGUGUCAAUGUCGAAGAUAAAAAUUGUAUCUGUCGUGUGUAUCAGUGACGGAAGUUGUGUAGGCUUUUUUGAUUAUUUAAAAGAUCACUUUUAUACAAACAGAAAUGAGUAUCAAUCCAAUGAAAUGGAAGACCAAAAAUAUUGUAUAUACCAUAAUAAUCAUUUUUACGUUUUAUUAUCUUUUUAUUCAUAAGAAAACUAAUCGAACGCAGAUCGUAGGUAUCGUCAAUAAUACCCAUCCAAUUUAUGUAUGGGAUUUUGUAGCAGAUUUUAGUAACAUGAAAUUAUUGAAUCCACUUAUAGAUGAUUUUAAUAUCACUGCUGAAAGUGGAAAUUACGAUCACUGGCAAUAUUCCGUUGAAUAUAGCGAACAUUUACGUUAUUUGCCAUUCGUACAAAACUUCGCUAUUGGACAUUAUUCGAUAAGAAAAGAAAACCUUGAUUAUUUAAUAAGUUCGAAUCACAAUACUUGUUUCUUUGGUUUCAUAUGUCUGAGAACAACAUCGGAAUUUAAAUUCGAGAUAUACGAGGAAAAGAACACGAAAUGCACCGAAAGCGUGGAAUAUCAUUGUCCGAUCACUAUUAUGCGCUUGUGCGACGAAGAAGUUAAAGCACAACGGAAGGACAUAAUGAAUCGAUUAAAGGCGGCAUUUUCAUCAACAUGAAAAAUAACACUAUCGAUUCCUCGAUACUUUGUAACUUAAUGAAAUAUUUUUAAAAUACGCGUUUAGAGAGAUUUUUCAUAUAUACAUAUAUAUACAUCGAAUUCUCUUAAUGAUCAAACAAAAUAUAUUUGUUAGAAUAAUGAUGAUUAACAAAAUGAUGAUUUAAAAAAAAAAAAAAGGAAGGAAGGAAAGAAAAAUGAAAAGAUGACAACAUCACACCAUUUUCCCCAGAAGCAAAAAUAUGUACUAUCUUUUUUCUAAGAAAAAAUAUAAUAUUUUUUUUAUCAAUUA